CAGUACGUGCUUGAGCCUGCCCGAAAAUGCUCUCCCGUGUUGUUGGAUUUCGAAAGAGCACAGGACUUUGCGAUGAAAUAAUACAUGUUUACCCGUGUGGAAAACAAAAACAAACCGCAUGUUUUUAAACGUAAGUGUUUCGCGUUCCCAUUGAGUGGAGAAACGGUGUUUUUGGAGGGGACUCCAACGGGGAAGUUUGAGUGAUCGUUUUUUCCCGGAGUGAUGUCGAAUCCUGGGACUCGGAGGAACGGGUCCAGCAUCAAAAUUCGACUGACAGUAUUAUGUGCCAAGAACCUCGCAAAGAAAGACUUCUUUCGACUACCGGAUCCCUUUGCCAAGGUUGUGGUGGAUGGAUCGGGUCAAUGCCACUCUACAGACACAGUCAAGAGCACACUGGACCCCAAAUGGAAUCAGCACUACGACCUCUACAUCGGAAAAACAGACUCCAUCACGAUCAGCAUAUGGAACCACAAAAAGAUCCAUAAACGGCAGGGGGCGGGCUUCCUGGGCUGCAUACGACUGCUUUCUAACGCCAUCAGCAGGCUAAAAGACACGGGAUACCAGCGACUAGACCUCUGUAAGCUGAACCCCUCGGACAGUGACGCAGUGCGGGGGCAGAUCGUAGUGAGCUUACAGACGCGAGAUCGCAUCGGCAGCGGUGGCCCUGUGGUGGACUGCAGGGGACUGCUGGAAAAUGACGGGCCUGUGUUUGAGGGAUGCUUCAGUGAAGAGCCGCUGCCCUACUCGGACCCCACCGGGGCAGCGGGAGGCGGGAACUGUCGGCUCGACUCGCCCGGUCAGGAGGGUCGUCUUCAGACGCAGCGAAUCAGAGGGCAGGACUCGAGAGGCCACGGACACACACCCCAAAACAGACCGCACGGACACCAGCCGCCCGACCUGCCGGAGGGAUACGAACAAAGAACGACGGUGCAGGGCCAGGUCUACUUCCUUCACACACAGACGGGCGUCAGCACCUGGCACGACCCUCGAAUACCGCGGGAUCUGGCCAGUGUGAGCUGUGAGGAGCUGGGCCCGCUGCCGGUGGGCUGGGAGGUCCGCAGCACCGUGUCGGGGCGGAUCUACUUUGUGGACCACAACAACCGAACCACACAGUUCACAGACCCGCGCCUACACACCAUUAUCAGCCAGCAAAGCCAAGCGAAGGAAUCCUCGCAAGCCCCCCAGAUGGAGGUGGGGGGUGAGGAGGUGGGAGGCGUCGGAGUGGUCGGGGGAGUUGGAGGCGGAGAUGGAGACGUGGCGGCGCGAUACGAGAGAGACCUGGUGCAUAAAUUAAAGCUGCUCCGACACGAGCUGUCCUUACAGCAGCCUCAGGCCGGACACUGUCGCAUCGAGGUGUCCAGAGAGGAGAUCUUUGAGGAGUCAUAUCGGCAAAUAAUGAAGAUGAGGCCCAAAGACCUGAAGAAGCGUCUGAUGGUGAAGUUCAGAGGAGAGGAGGGGCUGGACUACGGUGGAGUGGCCAGGGAGUGGCUCUACCUGCUGUGUCAUGAAAUGUUGAACCCCUAUUACGGCCUGUUCCAGUACUCCACAGACAAUAUCUACACACUACAGAUCAACCCCGACUCCUCCAUCAACCCCGACCACCUGUCUUAUUUCCACUUUGUUGGCCGGGUGAUGGGCCUGGCAGUUUUUCACGGUCACUACAUCAACGGGAGCUUCACGCUGCCCUUCUACAAACAGCUGCUAGGAAAACCCAUCACGCUCAUCGACCUGGAGACCACCGACCCCGAGCUGCACAAGAGUCUCGUCUGGAUACUAGAGAACGACAUCACUACGGUCCUCGACCACACCUUCUGCGUGGAGCACAACGCCUUCGGGAAGUUCUCACAACACGAACUCAAACCCAACGGCCGCAAUAUCCCCGUCACCGAGGACAACAAAAAGGAAUACGUCAGACUUUACGUGAACUGGCGGUUUAUGCGAGGAAUCGAAGCCCAGUUUCUGGCUCUGCAGAAGGGAUUCAGUGAGCUCAUCCCCCAGCACCUCCUCAAACCUUUCGACCACAAAGAACUCGAGUUGAUCAUCGGUGGGCUGGGGAAGAUCGACCUGGCGGACUGGAAGACCAACACGCGUCUGAAGCACUGCACCAGUGAGAGCAACGUGGUGCGGUGGUUCUGGGAGGCGGUGGAGGCCUUCAGCGAGGAGAGGAGAGGACGCCUCCUGCAGUUCGUCACAGGCUCCACCCGAGUCCCGUUACAGGGGUUCAAAGCGUUGCAGGGUUCUACAGGUUCUGCAGGACCAAGGCUCUUCACCAUCCACUUGAUAGACGCCAACACAGACAACUUGCCCAAGGCUCACACGUGUUUUAACCGGAUAGACGUCCCUCCCUACGAGUCCUACGAGAAGCUCUAUGAGAAACUGCUGACGGCUGUGGAGGAGACAUGCGGCUUCGCUGUGGAGUGACGAGUCCAAAAUCAACCCGACACACACAGACACACUUGCGCUUGCACUUGCACACAAAACGAUUUGACUUUUUACAUCAUAUACACACACAUCAACAAAAUAUCAAAGUAUACACGGAGUAUACGGAGCAGCCAAGCAUCACAAGAAACAGACUUUGGGUCUCUCGCCACCUCCUAACCACCAAACUGUUG